CAGGCCGAGAUAAGACAAUUGACGACUGCACGGCGGUACUACCUACACACAGACAGUUUGUCAAUAGAGCAGGGGCUUUACUGGCUGCAGUCGUGCCGAUGGUUUCAGUCCGUUUGUUUUUGGAACUUAUUUAACACGUCGAGUUGUUUACCUAGUUUAUUGGUCGGUGAAUUUGGUGAUUUCGGACGUGAUUUUUAGUGUUGGCAGUGUUUUUUGGAUUACUAUUGUGACAAGAAUUUUGUGUUAGUGUUGAUUUAAGGCGAGAUACAAAAGUUUUGUGGGACAAAUAGGACAACAUUAAUAGACUGGUACUUUUUAUGACAUUAUCUAUUCGAGAAUAGUGAUUAGAUUUCAACCCUUAUAAAUCUUCAGAUUUUAAAGAUCCAAAUAUCGAAUUGGCACGUACUUUGAAAUCAGACAUCAUCAUUGUUACACAAAAAUAAAAGUUAUCCGAAAAAGAGACAAAGAAAAUUUGAAUUUGCCUCUUAAAAAUGGAUAUGAACUACAUGAAUCAAACAUGUAAAGUUUGCGGUGAACCAGCAGCGGGAUUCCAUUUUGGUGCCUUUACUUGUGAGGGCUGCAAGUCUUUCUUCGGACGAUCCUACAACAACAUCAGCUCGAUCAACGACUGUAAGAACAACAACAAAUGUAUCAUCAACAAGAAAAACAGAACCGCCUGCAAAGCUUGUAGGUUACGCAAGUGUAUGCUAGUGGGGAUGUCCAAGAGCGGGUCCAGAUAUGGUAGACGAUCAAACUGGUUCAAAAUCCAUUGUUUACUGCAGGAACAACAGCAGAAACAAAUGCAAGAGAAUGGAGAGGACGGUGGCAAUCAGGAGUUACUGCAGCCCCCGAUGAACACACCUGUCAGCAAUCAACAAAUGGGAAUGAGACUCCUGAGCGCCGGGUCUUUUCCUCCGCCUUUACUGCAUUUGCCCAGAACCAGAGAAGAACUCUUGCUUUUUGGAAUUGAAGAACCUCUCAGACACUCUGCAUCGCCUUCAGUUAGCAGUCCCGAAUCGCAUAACUCUGAUUCGUCCGUCGAAGUUCCAGAUGCUCGACGAUUACCACUCAUUCCAGGAUUAUUACCGCCAACGUUUCUUCCGCCGCCUGGAUUCCUGUUUCCACCUCCAUUCUAUCCAGGAUUACUCCAACCAGCCCUACCCAACCACACCAUCAAUAACAAUAACAACGAAAAAAUCGUGAGGACGGUGAAUCGUGAAGUCAAAAGAGAGUACUUAGACGCUGUACUGCAACUCCAACGUACCUCCACGCCCCCAGAAGAUCCAGAAGAUGACGAGGACGAGGAAGUUGAUGUAAAAACCAUCACCACGCCACACGUGAGUCCAGUACAAGACACCCCAAUUGAUCUAAGCAUGAGAUCUAUGAGCGAAAGAGGUUCAUCCCCAGCUCAGUCUGAAAGAUCCGGUAUUUCAGUGAUGACAGAAAGGUUUCAUGGGAGUGAAGGAGACGAGGAGAGCGACUGCGACUCGGAAAAUCGAGGUCUCAAAGGCCUAACGUUAGUCAGGCCCACUCCGUUGGAUCUGACGACUAAAGUCUGACCUUGUGAUGAUACGUGUUUUAGCUAUUUACUUAAUUUAUUUUUGGAACGAAUGAAACUUAAAGGUGAACGCACACUGAAUCGACUUCACCCGGUCCAUUUAACUAAGAGCUGUCGACAGUUUUUACUUUAAGAUCCAGACCGAUCGACGCGCGACGGUGGCGACGUCAAUUCAAUGCUCGGGGAUACAUUUAAAUCUAUACAGGAUGUUCCAAAAAACA